UUAGUUUCUAAAAGACUGCGAAGGUUGAAGAACGUAAUGGUGUGUUUGACAUUGCCCUAGACAUGCGGCUUUGACAACCGGUCGAGACUCUUCAAUAACCCCCGGAGUCCGGAUUAAGUGCUUCGAGAGGAUUCGCGUCAAAAUUUUUAUUGGAUAUGGUGAUAGCAAAUUCCGUUCGGACCACUUUGUGCUUUUUUUGAUAAAGACUGAUCCGAGAUCUCGAACUCUGAGUGUGUGAGUGUGUGUGACUUUUCUUGGAUAUAGAGUUUAGUGACGCUGCCAAAAUUUUCUGGAUACCUUGGAUAUUAUAUAUUCCUCCGAAAGACUGCCACGAAGGACUUAAAUGCCUUGAAGAACAGCUGCAGUCCUCAAAAAACGCCAAAAUGAGAGAGGACAUGAUGGAUGAGGUAGCUGUAACGUCCGCCAGCGAAUUCGACUUGGCCAAUAUUCAUGAGGAAGAAUUCGAAUUGCAUACCACCUAUAUCGUUCCGGAUCUUCCGGUUGAGCCCGGAACACCAAACAGGGCGGAAGCUACCCUUCCUCGAAACUUAGUGCUUAAGACAUCUCAAGCAAUGUCAGAUGCUCAAGGCGUCUGGAGUACGGGGUAUAUCCCACGAGGGACGCGCUUUGGGCCUCUCGUGGGAGAAAUCUAUGCCAAAGAUGCUGUACCAAGUUCGGCAAACCGGAAGUACUUUUGGAGGGUUCAGAUGAGAGAGGGCUUUUAUAGAAACAGUUCUAACGACAGCAAGAUAUAUAAAGAUAACGAACUAUAUUAUUACAUUGAUGGAUUUGAUACUUCUAAGGCUAACUGGAUGAGAUAUGUUAAUCCUGCAUAUUCCAGUGAAUCUCAAAAUUUAAUCGCCUGUCAAUACAAAAUGAAUAUCUAUUUUUACACUAUCAAACCUAUUCUUCCCAAUCAGGAACUUCUUGUCUGGUAUUGCAAAGAAUUCGCCGAAAGACUUAAUUAUCCCUUGACUGGUGAACAAAUGCUACAAAGAAUUAGACAACAAGUACAGCAAUCUUCUGAAGUGAUAACUGUUAGUACGACUGAACCUCCUGCAAAAGAUGGUCCCUAUGAACACCAAUUAACACCAACUGAUGGUAGUGUGAGAUCAGAUGAAGGAUAUCACAGUAAUGGUUAUCACGACGAUGCUUUCACACCUCCUGAAGAUUCAAGUGAUUCUGAUAGUGAGAAUAAUUACGUUCUUGAUUUUAGUAAAAAACCAAAUUCGAAAGAAACUGCGGUAAUAAAACCGGUUUCUCCCGAAACCCAAAAGAACGAAUACAGGAAAGUGAAGAUAAAAAUAUCUAAGGCUUAUCACUACAAGUCAAAAGGAGUAGAAAGCGACCACGAAAUGGAGAAGGAAUCUCACACUGAUGCUGCAGUACCUGAAGUAACAACACUAACCCCGAGAAUAAUCACGCCCCCAAGUACAGUAAUUGUGAUUGAUUCUCCUCCACCUGAAGUUCCUAACAAUAAACCUUUCUACGAACCUGAAGUGAAGUCCCAGAAUGUUAUAUCCCGAUAUACACCGCCAUCUUCUAGUAUUCUUGAAAAUAUCCUUCUAAGGAAUCGAAUCGACACCAAUAACAAUGACAACAACCAGCGACAACCCAACGCAACUCCUCCUCCAAGCUCCCCCACCGAAAUGGCUUACUCGUACAAGAAGAGCCACCGGUACGGUACUGUCCCUUGCAGUCCUGAUUCAAGUUCAAAUGUCCAAGUUCAAAACAUGCUCCCUCUUAGUCCCGCAAUGAUUAAAAACCACCCUCCAAGUCCGGUCCAACCUUUAUACGUCCCCCACACUACCGAAAACUACACGAACCACAUCCAACCCACGAACUACUACAACAUCUAUCCUUCCAAUGGCAUACCCCACAGUACCAUCACAUCGGCUCCCACGACCACGUACUCGCCCCCCACGACGAGUUUCAAYACGACCCACCACCCCAAUGGGUCGAAUUUGAUGAUCCCAGCGUCGCACAUCAUCAACUCUAACCUUACUCAUCACCUCCUCACGCCUUUGCCUCCAUUACAAACCAGUGGGAGGUCCUCUCCCUGUUCGCGGAGUCCCGAUGGGGGCUCUAUCGGCAAUCCCGGGAGCCCCAACACCAACCAAAAUCGAGGCUAUCGAAGCUUGCCCUACCCUCUGAAGAAAAAAGACGGCAAAAUGCACUACGAGUGCAACGUUUGUUGCAAAACUUUUGGCCAGUUGUCGAACUUGAAAGUUCAUUUGAGGACACACAGCGGUGAACGCCCCUUUAAGUGCAACGUUUGCACCAAGUCGUUCACGCAAUUGGCCCACCUGCAGAAACACCACUUGGUACAUACAGGCGAAAGACCACACGAAUGUGGCAUUUGCAAGAAGCGAUUCUCCUCCACUUCAAACCUUAAGACUCAUUUAAGACUGCAUAGCGGCCAAAAGCCCUACGCGUGCGAUUUUUGUCCCGCCAAAUUCACACAAUUUGUCCAUUUGAAGCUGCAUAAAAGGCUGCAUACUAAUGAGAGGCCGUAUAUUUGUCAAGAGUGCGGCAAAAAUUAUAUCAGUGCGUCAGGCUUGAGGACACAUUGGAAGACUACGAGUUGUAGGCCGAAUAACAUUGAUGAGGAGUUGAACGGCGAAGGAUCGCCCAAUGGGUACUACGACUACGCUGGAUCGGAUGGGAGCUUAGGAUCGAUAGAUAUGAAUAAGGAAAUUCAUGAGGAUUCGAAGGAGUUCCUGGAGGUGCAUUCUCAGCAGCAGGCGCCGAUGGGCCACGCCGUGUUGCACCCUGGUCUCUCGAGGCCUUUGCCCCCGGGGCUGCAGAGCCAGCAGCGACAGCCCCCGCAGCCCUCCAUCCAUCCCGGGAAAGAGACGCGGCCCAGCGUGAUCGAGUCGUCCCAACCCCACAUAAUUGAAUGUACCUAAGAUGUAUUCCUGCUCAUGUAGUGUAGUUUUGUUAAGUUUUUUAAGAUUUAUUUAUUACUAGGCUAGUACUGAGGUAAUAAAGUGUGUUCACGAUGGGACUGGACACGGCGUUCGAAUGAAUAUAAAUAAGAAAUUUAAUUUAAUUUUCUAAAGAUACUCAUUGCGAUUUUGUUGAGAUAAUUUAUUGAUCUAUUUAUUGAUAGUUAUUUUAUAAAAGUAUUUUAUGGAAUUAACCGAAUUUUGACUUUAGACUGAUCACGUAUAAAGCAAUACUAUUUAUGACUUGCACGAAAUUGUCUAGACUUGUGUAUUUAUUUGUAUUUGAAUGUUUUAGGAGAAAAUAGGUCGUUUUUACGUUGUAGAUUUUGUAUUGAAUGUGUUUGCAGUUUAUAUACAUUAACGUAUUCGACAUGUAUCGAUGGUACUUGAUUGGAUACUCGUCUUUAACUUCAUAUUGAGAAACUACAUCACACUUUUCAGUUAAACGUAAAUUCAUGACAGUUUUUUCAAUUUACUGCAAGCGUAGUUGCUUGAUAUGCUGUUAAAUCCAUAACUUACUUAUGUUAGAAUAUAUCCAAAUAAGUAUAAACCAAAUAAGAUCAUCCUCUUCAUGUACUACUACUAUUUAUACAUGUAAAGUUCAAUGUAUGUAAUUGCAUAAAUCUAAAUGGUGCUUGUGACUUGUUUAAUUUAAGUGUGUAUGAAAUUCCUGAAGCUUAGCAGUGGAAAUUUAUUUGUCUGCUUGCACUAAAACAAAAAUCAGUAUUAAGUUGAUUCGAAUCGUAAAUACUGUACAUCAUCGAUCAUUUUUUGUAAAAACAUAUUUUUGUAUAUUUCGUUUCAUAUGUAUAUAAUUUCAAUUUUAGGUACCUACUUGAAAUUAAUGUAAAUUAUUGUAAAUUUCAAUUGUGAAUAUUUUUAAAAUUAGCGACAAAACUUGCCUUGUACAUAAAAAUUAUUUAUUCAUUCGAUUUAUUGUCUUUUCACAAAUUCGAAAUCCUUCAUUUACUUUUCCUACAGUUUUGUUUUUUUUUAAGUUAUUUGAAAUAACACACAAUAGUAUAAUACGAUUAUUAUUAAUGUAGUAUGUACUAUGUACAAUAAGAUUUGUUUUUUAUUUGUUAUUUAGUUGUACUCUGUAAGUUAUUUAUUUCUUCUUUUUCAUAUUACUUGUUUACAAAAUUUUGAACUGAAUAAAUAGCGGUGUUUGCAUCAUUGUCAAUGAAAAAUUAGUUUAGGUGGGUACCUUUUUUUUGUUAUUACAAAGGUAUGAUUUUAUAACGUCUCAUCAUUUCAACCCUCUCUCAUUUCUCCCGCAUUAUUUAAGUCGUACGUGUUAGUCUUAGAAAUGUUCGCUAUUUAUUUGUCGUAGUUGUUUAAUUAUCCAUUUGGAACUGUUACAUUCAAAAUAUUUUGGUAUAUCUCGUGCAUGUAAAAAUGUUCAUAUGAGUAUUAAAACAUAAAAAUUA